CUGGCAGUACUGGCCUGUGCCCCUCACAUGUCGUCGGGUUGGGUGAGGGCAGCUAGGAGGACUCCAGGCCCAGGGUCAGUUCUUCUCUAAAUGAAUACCUUCUUGACAAAAUCAUGGGAAACGGGCCCUGCUGUCCCAUGGCUGCCCAGUGUGAAACUAGUGGGUCCUGAGCCCACCGAGCCUGCCUGCCUGGCCCUGCUCCCCAUGUUGCCCUUGGCUGAGGCAUCUCUUGUGCCGAGUCGGCAGCAGCACUCCUUCCCAACCUGAGUGCGUGCCGAGUAUUUGUUGAAGAAACAAAGUCAUUUGUCCUAGAGAAUGGGCCCGUUCUGGAUUGGCUGGUUGCUUCUGUGUGGUGCUGAAUCUGCUCCUCUCUCCCUUGUAUUUCCUGGGGACAGGUGGAGGCUCAGCCAGAUUCAGGUUCAAGGUCUCUUCCUAGGCUGCGUCAGUCUGCAUGCAUGGGAUAUCUGCUGGGCCCCUUUGUUGACACCAGGGUUGACCAGCAGGUUUAGGUGUUGUCAGCCUGAUGCAUUGGUCUUUUAUCUAACGGUUUUUGGGUUUCUGUGGUUUUUUGUUUCAUAUGUGGGUCUUUUUUUUUUUUUUUUUUUGAGAUGGUCUUGGUCUGUCGCCUAGGUUGGAGUCAGUGAUGCAGUCAGGGCUCACUGCAGCCUUAACCUCCUGGGCUCAGGUGAUCCUUCCACCUCAGCCUCCUGAGUAGCUGGAACUACAGGUUAUGUACCGCCAUGCCCAGAUAAUUUUUGAAUUUUUUGUAGAGAUGAGGUCACACUAACGUUGUCCAGGCUGGGCUCAAGGGAUCCUCCCACCUCAGCCUUCCAAAGUACUGGGAUUACAGGUGUGAGCCACUGUGUCCAGCCUAUUUAAUGGCUUUUGAACAGCUGUUGAUAAUUGCCUGGACCUACUACUUCCCUAAGGGUGCAAAAUGGUGAUUUUUUGAAUUAUAUCAUUCCCUCUGCAUUUAGUAGCUGGAAUCCUAUAAAGGAAUCUUCCUCAUCGUCUAUUUGAUUACCCUGAAAUACUGUUUUCACAGAAAAGAAGGGAAAAUGCCUGUUUUCACCUCUAACAGUUUUCAGAACAAUGAGUUAGUGCCCUGGCAAGGGCCAGUGACAGGGCAGGAGCGGGUAGAGAGUGUGUUUCCUGGGCUGCCCGGUGAACUCUCAGGUCUGUCAAUUGCAGGCUUGCUUUUUCAUGCCCAGUUUGUCUAUCUUUGGCCAGAGGCGGCCUCAGGUUGACCUCUGUAGUCCUUUGACACAAGCCUUGAGUCUUGGGCACCUUCCUUACUUGCAGCUACCACGAUGCUGCAGGCUCCAGCCCCUCCCUGGCAUUUCCUACCAUGGGCCCGGCCCAACCAUCUCCCCAGGGUGCACUCCUUCGUCGGUGUGAAUAUGCUGUUUAGAGACCCCAAUCUGGUCAGCAGGGGUGGUGCUUGCUCCUGGGAUUUCUUUACUGCUAGGGCUUUGGAAGAGACAGAGCCAGGAAAUAAGUUGUUUUUUUUUUGCCAAUUUUAAAAAAAUAAAGUACGAGGCUGGGCACGGUGGUUCAUGCCUGUAAUCCCAGCACUUUGGGAGGCUGAGGCGGGCAGAUCACUUGAGCUCAGGAGUUCGAGACCAGCCUGGCCAACAUGGUGAAACCCUGUCUCUACUAAAAAUACAAAAAUCGGCUGGGUGUGAUGGCGCACGCCUGUAAUCCCAGCUACUUCAGAGGCUAAAGCAGGAGGAUCCCUCGAACCCAGGAGUUCAAGACUGCAGUGAGCUAUGAUUGUACCACUGCGCUGGGUGACAGAGUGAGACCCUGUCUCAAAAACAAAACAAAACAAAACAAAAAAAACACCUCUGUGGACUCCGGGUGAUGAUGACACGUCAGUGUGGGUUCAUCAAGUGUAACAGCUGUACCCCUUGGUGGGGGAUGUUGAUAAUGGGGGAGACUGGGGUGGGGCGAGGACAUACGGGAAAUCUCUGUAACCUUCCUCUAAUUUUGCUGUGAACCUAAAGCUGCUCUAAAAACGUACAUAUAUAUAAACUGGGGCCUUCCUUUCCCUCUGCCCUGCCCCAGCCCUCUCCGCCACCUCUUUCCUCUCCCUGCUGCCUCCCCUCUUCCCUCCCCUUUCCUCCUUAGCCACUGUAAAUAACACUGCAGCAAAGGCCUGAGGCAAAUGCCUUUGUGCUCUGGGGCGCCCCAGCCGCCUGCAGGCCCCUUAUUUCCUGUAGCCAAGCUCCUCCCACGCCCCAGUCCUUUCCCCAGCCUCCCUUGCCCACUAGGCCUGAAUUGCUGGGCACUGGCUGUGGUCGACAGACAGAGGGACAGACGUGGCUCUGCAGGUCCACUUGGUCCCUGGCACCAGCCGCAAGGGUGGCAGAACGGGGGUGUGGUUGGUGUGGGAAGCACAGGCUCCAAGUCUCCUGGGGGGCUGUUGGGUGGGAAGGCUCUGGCUGCCCUCGUCCUGUCCCCAUCACUGCAGUGGGCUGGGCGGUGGCUGGAGCUGCCACUGAGUCUCGGUGAGGCUGACCUCACACUGGCUGAGCUUACAGGCCCCAUCUGUUCAUGGUGUUCUUUCACGUCUCAGAGCCUUUCCUGGCUGCAGGAGUAAUACCUGUUCACAGAAAAUACGAGUGGCCUCCUCUUCCUCCACAACCUCACACGACCUUCUCCCUUCCCUCCCGCUGGCCUCUUUCCCUCCCCUUCUGUCACUCUGCCUGGGCGUGCCCCAGGGCCUUGGCUGGGCCCUUUCUUUCCUCAGGGAAACCCACAUGGUUGGGCUAGAUGCCUCCGCACCACCCCACCCACACCCCCUGAGCCUCUAGUCCUCCCUCCCAGGACAUAUCAGGCUGGAUGGUGACACUUCCACACCCUUGAGUGGGACUGCCUUGUGCUCCUCUGGGAUUCGCACCCAGCUUGGACUGCCCGCUCCACAGGCCCCAGGAAAAGCUCGUACAGAUAAGUGACACCAAGCCCUGUGAACAAACCAGAAGGCAGGGCACUGUGCACCCUGCCCGGCCCCACCAUCCCCCUUACCACCUGCCACCUUGCCACCUGCCUCUGCUCCCAGGUAAGUGGUAACCUGCACAGGUGCACUGUGGGUUUUGGGAAAACUGGAUCUCCCUGCACCUGAGGGGGUAGAGGGGAGGGGGUGCCUGAGAGCUCAUGAACAAGCAUAUAACCUUGGAUCCAGCUCCAUAAAUACCCGAGGCCCAGAGGGAGGGCUACCCAGAGGCUGACGCACACCAUGGGGCGCCUGCAACUGGUUGUCUUGGGCCUCACCUGCUGCUGGGCAGUGGCGAGUGCCGCGAAGCUGGGCGCCGUGUACACAGAAGGUGGGUUCGUGGAAGGUGUCAAUAAGAAGCUUGGCCUCCUGGGUGACUCUGUGGACAUCUUCAAGGGCAUCCCCUUCGCGGCUCCCACCAAGGCCCUGGAAAAUCCUCAGCCACACCCCGGCUGGCAAGGGACCCUGAAGGCCAAGAACUUCAAGAAGAGGUGCCUGCAGGCCACCAUCACCCAGGACAGCACCUAUGGGGCUGAAGACUGCCUGUACCUCAACAUCUGGGUGCCCCAGGGCAGGAAGCAAGUCUCCCAAGACCUGCCCAUUAUGAUCUGGAUAUAUGGAGGUGGCUUCGUCAUGGGGUCCGGCCACGGGGCCAACUUCCUCAACAACUACCUGUAUGACGGCGAGGAGAUCGCCACACGUGGAAACGUCAUCGUGGUCACCUUCAACUACCGCGUCGGCCCCCUUGGGUUCCUCAGCACUGGGGACGCCAACCUGCCAGGUAACUAUGGCCUUCGGGAUCAGCACAUGGCCAUUGCUUGGGUGAAGAGGAAUAUCGCGGCCUUCGGGGGGGACCCCAACAACAUCACGCUCUUUGGGGAGUCUGCUGGAGGUGCCAGUGUCUCUCUGCAGACCCUCUCCCCCUACAACAAGGGCCUCAUCCGGCGAGCCAUCAGCCAGAGCGGCGUGGCCCUGAGUCCCUGGGUCAUCCAGAAAAACCCACUCUUCUGGGCCAAAAAGGUGGCUGAGAAGGUGGGUUGCCCUGUGGAAGAUACCGCCAGGAUGGCCCAGUGUCUGAAGGUUACUGAUCCCCGAGCCCUGACGCUGGCCUAUAAGGUGCCGCUGGCAGGCCUGGAGUACCCCACACUGCACUAUCUGGGCUUCAUCCCUGUCAUUGAUGGAGACUUCAUCCCCGAUGACCCCAUCAACCUGUACGCCAACGCCGCCGACAUCGACUAUAUAGCAGGCACCAACAACAUGGACGGCCACAUCUUCGCCAGCAUCGACAUGCCUGCCAUCAACAAGGACAACAAGAAAGUCACCGAGGAGGACUUCUACAAGCUGGUCAGUGGGUUCACAAUCACCAAGGGGCUCAGAGGUGCCAAGACUACCUUUGAUGUCUACACUGAGUCCUGGGCCCAGGACCCAUCCCAGGAGAACAAGAAGAAGACUGUGGUGGACUUUGAGACCGAUGUCCUCUUCCUGGUGCCCACCGAGGUUGCCCUGGCUCAGCACAGAGCCAAUGCCAAGAGUGCCAAGACCUACACCUACCUGUUUUCCCAUCCCUCUCGGAUGCCCAUCUACCCCAAAUGGGUGGGGGCCGACCAUGCAGAUGACAUUCAGUACGUUUUCGGGAAGCCCUUCGCCACUCCCACAGGCUACCGGCCCCAAGACAGGACAGUCUCUAAGGCCAUGAUCGCCUACUGGACCAACUUUGCCAAAACAGGGGACCCCAACAUGGGCCACUCGGCAGUGCCCACACACUGGGAACCCUACACUACGGAAAACGGCAGCUACCUGGAGAUCACCAAGAAGAUGGGCAGCAGCUCCAUGAAGCGGAGCCUGAGAAUCAACUUCCUGCGUUACUGGAGCCUCACCUAUCUGGCGCUGCCCACGGUGACCGACCAGGAGGCCACUCCCGUGCCCCCCACGGGUGACUCCGGGGCCGCCCCCGUGCCCCCCACGGGUGACUCCGGGGCCGCCCCCGUGCCCCCCACGGGUGACUCCGGGGCCGCCCCCGUGCCCCCCACGGGUGACUCCGGGGCCGCCCCCGUGCCCCCCACGGGUGACUCCGGGGCCCCCCCCGUGCCCCCCACGGGUGACUCCGGGGCCCCCCCCGUGCCCCCCACGGGUGACUCCGGGGCCGCCCCCGUGCCCCCCACGGGUGACUCCGGGGCCGCCCCCGUGCCCCCCACGGGUGACUCCGGGGCCGCCCCCGUGCCCCCCACGGGUGACUCCGGGGCCCCCCCCGUGCCCCCCACGGGUGACUCCGGGGCCCCCCCCGUGCCCCCCACGGGUGACUCCGGGGCCCCCCCCGUGCCCCCCACGGGUGACUCCGGGGCCCCCCCCGUGCCCCCCACGGGUGACUCCGGGGCCCCCCCCGUGCCCCCCACGGGUGACUCCGGGGCCGCCCCCGUGCCCCCCACGGGUGACUCCGGGGCCGCCCCCGUGCCCCCCACGGGUGACUCCGGGGCCGCCCCCGUGCCUCCCACGGGUGACUCCGAGGAAGCUCAGAUGCCUGCAGUCAGUUUCUAGUGUCCCAUGAGCCUUGGUAUCAAGAGGCCACAAGAGUGGGACCCCUGGGGCUCCCCUCCCAUCUUGAGCUCUUCCUGAAUAAAACCUCA